AUGGACUUCGUAGCGAGUGAGAACAUCGUAAACGACACCGACGGCGACCACUUGAAAGACGUAAAGAUUGCGACGAAGGCGAGCACGAAUAUCGGAUGGCAGCAGGACGCAAAUUUGGGACCUGCGUCCACGUGGACUAAUGCGAUUCCCGCUGAGGACGCGGACAUCGCGACACAGUACCACGCGUUGCAAUACCAUCUGUUCGAGCUUGGGUAUCCCGAAACAAUGGAUCGCACCCGCGCCCCUCGGGCCGCCAAGGACGCACCCAGAGAGAAGGCAGUGGUGGCCGUGCUACACCGGACCGGGAAAACCACGUCGAUAUGCCUCGAAGGCGGUCGUCAGGCGCCCGGCACAAUUUACAUGAUCCUAUCGUCGUCGUGGCUCUCAAAGGUCCCCUCUAGUAUCCACCGAGGCCUCUACACCUUAUACGUGCACAAGGCCGUCACGUUUUACGCCGGCGGCGCGACCUACCUUGACGAAUUCGAGCCGCCGAGUUCGUAUGACCUGCGUGACGUCAUCAAUGACCGGCUCUGGUCACGAAGUGUCCUGUAUUCCGUUGGCAUAGCAACGCCCGAGACGCUCGCGUUCUGUUACAGACCGAAACACAGUCUGGUUGCUGUGCCUGCUAAUGCCGUCAUCCACGAGUACGAAAGGAACACCAGUCCGGAUUUUGUGGCGAAAGAAGUCUCAGAAUUCCUGCAAGAGUUGUCCAUCAACAACCGCAAAAAUAUUUUCAUAAGACCGUCCAAACGAACACAGAUGGAAAGCUCGGACGCCUUGGUUUUCAGCAUUGAAGACCGUUCCUGUAUUUUGGAGGCGGUGCUAAAAAUGCUUAACGAGCUCAAAGACUCAAACUCCGUUCUUGUGGAGGCUUACAUCGACCAUCUGAUCGCCGGAAGGACCGAGGACGCGAAGUACCUGUGGGUCGCGCCCAGCGCGGAUUUUGGCCCGACCUGCAGCAUGUUCAACAAACACAUCGAUAUCAGAGGUGCUAACACGGUACCGAUGUCCCUCGAAACCAUGCUGAAAACAUUGAACAUUGUCGACGAAAAGUUUAUCCUGGAAUUCCAGACUGAUCUGCGCGCGCACGCAGAGGCGGCGCUUCAGUCAAUCAUGGACCGCGAGAGUAAGCGGUCAGACGAGGAGAAGUUGGAGCCUGGCGCGCAAACGGACCUCAUUGGUGAAUAUGGUUCCGGCAUCGACUACGUGCUUACGGAGUGUAACGGCAAAGUGACGGCAGUAGCGGUGAAUAUUGACACGCACAAGUACAUCGGUGACGCUGCAGUUCGCGAUAAUUUCACAUCAUUCGGGGACGGACUGGUUGUAGAACAAAACAGAACUUUGCAACCAGCGGAGAAAUUUCUGGAGGCAGCCGGAAACGAUAUCAGCGAUAAAGAUAUGGCAGUCUUGAAAGUUUCUCAUCAGAACAAAUUCGCGUGUGGUGGUUUGGACGGUAUGUCCGUUCGCCCGUUCGUGCGGACGGCGCUGACCAGAUCGCAGUAUUUCCUUAUGUCGGGGAAGACAAUACUGGCGUUAGAUGCGGGCGGAUUAGACAACAGGAGAAUAUGGAGGAUCGCAAAGAAAAGUGGUAUAAAUCUGGUUAUGGUGGAUCCGGACCCAAACCACAGCAACAAGGAACUGGCGCACGUCUUUAUCCACUACGAUGACAAAGGUGACCACGCGAACGACAGACACCACGCGGCCGAGAUUGUCAACCUCCUGAAGCAGCGUGACCUUCAGGUGGACGGCUGCCUUACGUUCUGGGAGGACGCGGUGCCGUUGGUCGCCAUGGUGCGGGAGAUCCUGGGAACGCGAGGCGCCAGCGUGGAGGGAGCCCUGAACGCUAAAAAGAAAAGUCGAACGCAGUCGACAGUGUAUAAGAAGGAUACACCAGUCUCCCACUGGGUGAAGACCUGCCAGUUUUCCUCGCCCAGCUACCUCAUCCGUGAACCCGCCGACAUCGACGUCAUCUGCAACCAGGUGAGCUUCCCACUCAUGCUGAAGCUAGAGCACGGAAACAACGGCAUCGGCGCAACGCAAGUGGAGAGCGCCGAGGAGCUAAAGAAGCAACAUCGCGCCACCAUCGACUGCUUCCGAAAGGAGGCCGACCACCCUAGGUUAGGACUGGGGUUCGGGGCGGAAACGCUCGUCACGGAGUACUACGGGGGCACAGAGCAUGACGUCGACGUGGUCAUCUACGGAAACACGCUCGUAGGGGCGUUCAUUACCGACAACGGACAGACUAACUUCCCCUCUUUCAGAGAAACCGCUGCCACUAUGCCGUCCGUGCUGCCGCCGGACCGCCAGGCACAGCUGAUUGUGGCCGCCUUCAAGUGCUGCGUCGACAUCGGCCUCUCCGACGGCGUCUUCAACGUUGAAUUUAAGAUGACGGCCCGUGGACCAAAACUCAUUGAGAUCAACGGCCGGAUGGGUGGUAUGUACCUUCGCAAGUGGAUCAGGCGCCUGCAUGGCGUCGACCUCGCGAUGUGCGAAUUCAUGAUCUCGUGCGACAUUAAACCGUUCGUGCCAAAGUUCCAGCCGUAUGAGCGCCUCAUGGGAGUAAUGUUACUUCCGUCGAUCCACAGCCAUCUUGUAAACGACAGCCACUUCCGGGAACGUAUUCAGGGCCUUAAAGAUAACGGCGAGGUGUUGCUCCACAUGUCCCAGGAAGACCAGAUCAAGGUAGGGGAAUACGAGAUGCCGUACGGACACUUUGACGUCUCUGGCACCUCCCCCGACGUCUGCCGCGAAAAGUUGUUAGCUCUUUGCAACGAGUUGGGGAUCGACUGCGACACUUACAAGGUCUCAAACUUCGUCCGCUAUUUCCGGUACUAA